AUGGAACGUUCGUUUGAAACUUCUUAUAGCCAGGAUUAUACGCAUCGUUUGGAAAACCGAGAGCUUGCCUUGCAGCACAAAAUAGAUGCGAAUCUUCCGGGAAGCUGUUUUUCACCACCUUUUGAAUGCACGGUACCGGUGGCUGUGGCAGAUAGUAGCACAAAGAACAUUAACUUCGAAUCAGAAGUGAAGAGGAAAGAAUUUAGCAAGUGUGGUGCGAAUCGUUUCGUGAAAAAUCUCGCCAUGACACACCCCGAGCUGUACGCCGAUAUGGUAGCUGACCAGCCAUGGAAGGAGCGUGCUGGUAAUUCAUCGUUUAAAUCAAGCUAUCAGCUGGACUACGAUCGAUUACCGGAGAGUGCACCAUGUCGCCUAAACAGUUCAUCGGAGCACGAUCGAUGGCCGGACUGGAAAUAUUUUCAACGCGAUUGCAAUGACAACCCUUUAUGCAACAGUGUAUCGGCGGGACCGCAUAGUAUGCCAUGCUCUUGUCAACUUUGCCCACCGGCAUCGGAAGAAGACACCAGGAGGACGCCUAGAUAUGGUUGCGUGUAUGCUAUAUCGAGCAUUCCAAAGAGUUACAUAAUUUCUAGCCAUUGGCCAGAACGAGAUUGGCAACGCGGUGCAUCAAACAGAACAGAGUACCGGGAUAAUGUUGGUCGUCUCGGUGGAGUGUUGCAACGUGCAAACGUUCACGAUCACAGUCGUUGCACACCAGAGCGCAAUUGCAGACACAAAUUCUUUUUGUAA